CGUCCAAGAAAGCAACCAGGAAGUGAAUGGCGGAAAUAUAAAUCCACCUCACGCUUUCAGCUAACAAUUUUUGGCCAGACCUGUUUAUAUCCCGAAUGGAGAGGCCACACGAGUAGACAGCAGAUGCCUUCAGCUUAAAACGGUGGACGGUUUUGAAGAAAUGUCGUUUGGCAGGAUCGGUACCGUUAAAUUGAAUGAACGGAUAGCCAGCCAAUGAUCCAGCUGAGAGUGUCCUGUCACUGACAGCCUGACAGAUUAAACACCGACAUAUGGCCCAGCUCCUCAGCUAGCCAAGGGAGACGACGUAACGAGACGACACUAGCAUCAUGUUCCUGAAAACAUCGUUCACCACCCUGAUCGUGGGGGUGUUUGUCGUGUACGUGCUCCACACCUGCUGGGUGAUGUACGGGAUAGUGUACACUAAACCCUGCGACAGCCCCAAAGGUGACAACUGUAUCACACCCUUCCUGGCAGGGAACCCGAAACUACAGUUGAGUAUCUACACUACACUGCGGCCCAAUGCAGAGGGAGGACAUACCCUGAUCCACAAAGAGAAAACAUUUGAUGUCAACAGCAAGUUUGAGAGGAUAGUAAAUGUCUCCCUCCCUAAGAAGACCCGUAACAAUGGAACUUUAUAUGCACUAAUUUUUGUCCAUCAAGCUGGCGUCACUCCGUGGCAGGAUUCACGACAGGUCCACUUGGUGGCUCAGCUCACCACAUACAUGGUCCCUAAACUGCCUGAAAUCUCUUUGAUAUCCGGAGAGGAUAAAACACAGGGUGAGAACGAAGAAGCCCAGCAGAAGAAACAGCGUGAUGGAAACCCUGCGGCAGGGGGUGGAGCUGGAGGUGGUCCCACUUCCACGUCAGAUCACCCAACUUCCCAUUGGCGCUCCCGCCUGACACUCAACAUUGUCGGCGACCACUUCCUGUUCGACAGAGAAUACCUGCCUAGUGAUGUCCACAGAUACCUCAGAGUAUUCCAAAAUGGUAAGAAGAUGGUUUAUCUACCUCUGCUGUUUGUCGAUGAGCUCAGCAACCGGGUCAAGGACCUUGUGGAGAUCAACAGUACCUCCAUGGAGCUCCCUCUGACCAUCUCCUAUGACUCUAUCUCUCUGGGGAGGCUACGAUUCUGGAUCCACAUGCAAGACGCUGUUUACUCUCUGCAGCAGUUUGGUUUCACAGAAAAGGAUGCUGAUGAGAUUAAAGGAAUCUUUGUGGAUACCAACCUGUACUUCCUGGCUCUGACCUUCUUUGUAGCUGCCUUCCAUCUCCUCUUUGACUUCCUGGCAUUCAAGAACGACAUCAGCUUCUGGAAGCAGAAGAAAAGCAUGGUGGGAAUGUCCAGCAAAGCAGUGCUCUGGCGAUGUUUCAGCACAAUAGUGAUUUUCCUCUAUUUGUUUGACGAGCAGACCAGCCUGCUUGUCCUCAUACCUGCUGGCAUCGGCACUAUCAUUGAAGUAUGGAAAGUGAAGAAGGCCUUUAAGAUUCAGGUUUUCUGGAAAGGAGGCAAACCAUCAUUCCUGUUUGGGAAAUUAGAUGAAUCAGAGAGGAGAACAGAAGAGUAUGAUACUCUGGCCAUGAAGUAUCUCUCAUACCUCCUUUACCCACUGUGUAUCGGAGGAGCUAUGUAUGCUCUAAUAUUCCUACGAUAUAAGAGUUGGUACUCGUGGUUGAUCAACAGUUUGGUUAAUGGUGUAUAUGCUUUUGGCUUCCUCUUCAUGCUUCCUCAACUGUUUGUCAACUAUAAGCUGAAAUCUGUGGCCCACCUGCCCUGGAAAGCCUUUACGUACAAGGCAUUCAAUACCUUCAUCGACGAUGUGUUUGCCUUCAUCAUCACCAUGCCAACGUCCCACAGACUGGCCUGUUUCAGAGACGAUGUGGUGUUUCUCAUUUACCUCUACCAGAGAUGGCUCUACCCAGUGGACAAAACAAGAGUAAAUGAAUAUGGAGUUUCUUACGAUGAAAACCCCAAAGGAAAGACUCACAAGGACUAGAGAGGAAAGACGGGUUAUUAGCUUCCAUGAUCUGGAAUCUGCAGGUUUUGUCUUCGAUCCACUGUUCUCAUUUGGUAUCAGCUGAGCUGGUUUAAUGAUCCAGAGGCACCUGGAAGUUUUAUUUUUUAUUUCUGGUCAGUUGUAAAUGGACCAGGUGCAUCAACAUCCUUGUGGUUUUUGACUUUUUCACCCCGUCCCAUAGUGCAAAGUGUUGAAAGGUCAACAUCUGCUUAUCCGCCUUUUGCAGUCUGUAGAGGUAUUUUUCUGUUUUGCAGUGUGUGAUGCGAUCAAUAAGAUAAAUCUCUGACCCAUUUCAAACUGACACAACAACCUGGAAAAAAUGUGUUUCUAAUGUGUGUGUGAAUGGCCAGCAACCUGCUCACGACUAUGACCAUGUCUACCACGUCAGAUUUGGUAUGAAAGAGUAAACUGAUGACUAUAGCAACUCUUUUGUAAUCGAUAUUGGUGGCAACCCCGAGCUUACUCAGCCAAAAAUUCUGCUCUUCCCUUUUUUUAUUUUUCAGACAUCAUGUCAAUCCACAAAGUCACUAUCCUUGUCUAUUAGAACAGCUCCAUCCUUUUAAUAUCACUGGAGAUUUUUUUACCUUGGUUUCCAGCUUUGGGUCUGAAAACACUGAAUUGGCAAGAGUGAAAUAUGAUUUAUUACAUUGGGUGGGACUCCAAUUUUAAGCUGAAGUUCCCUCUUGAGAAUCACUGUAAAUAUUUUAUUUUCAGAAUUUCCAUUGCAAUGUCAAAAAGGGAUUAUUAUUAUUAUUAUUGUAAACAUUUGUAUGUUUACAAAUUCCAAUUAAUUGACAGGGUACAGUUUCAGAAGAGCCUGGUUCAGACUGUUUUGAGGAACCAAUAUCUAAAUAUAUAUCGAUUUUCAAUAUUAUUAUUCCAUAUUAUUCCAUGAGCGCCAAGUCUGAUACAUCAGAGCUUUCAGAAAAAUCUGAGUUUUGUUGAAGUGAACACUAUUUACAAGUCGGAAACUGGUAAUUACGGUAACUCCAAUAUAACAUGAAAGCUGCAUUAGGCAAAGGUGGGCAGUACUGAGACAUGUGGACAACAAGUGGAUGUAUUAAGACGGUGUAGUCCCUCAUUCGUCCAGGAUUGUUCCAUCGCAGAAAAGGUUUCAGUCGUAGUCAUCUGGACACUGUUUUCAGAAUCAAGACGUUUCGGCUCCCAUCCGGAAGUCAUUCUCAAUUGUGAAAAUGGUCUGAGAACUCAGAAAUUUAACUCAGGAAGACUCCUCCCUGAGGGCAGGGCUUAAGCAACACAGAGUAGCGUAAAUUUAUGAGUUCUCAGACCAUUUUCACAAUUGAGAAUGACUUCCGGAUGGGAGCUGAAACGUCUUGAUUCUGAAAACAGUGUCCAGAUGACUACGACUGAAACCUUUUCUACGAAAGUGGAUGUAUUGUUAGCUCAGUUAAAUAUUAAUGAUGCAGAAUUUGAAUGCUUUUUCUAGAAAUUAUGCUAAUUAUGUUGUAAUAUUGCUCAGUGAAAAGGCUGGUAACAUUUUGCCUCUUAGAACGUAUAAAUGUGUAGACAUAUGUUAACCCUGGGACCAAUUCCAGAACGACAGACCCCAUUUAACCUACCUGUUAAAGCGAGAAUAUACUAUAUAUGCUUAAAAAUGACUGAGGCAGGAGUCAAAGAAAAAGGCACUUAAAAAGUAACAACAAAUUAGUAAUUUCAAAUGCAUCACUUUUAAUGUUUAAGAUAUUUACUAAUGAACCUUCCACCUAUGCACAUAUGAUGGCUGUAAUAGAAGUAGAAGAUUCCGAUUUGUUGCCAUGGUGAAGGGUAUACAUUUCCUGAGCGUUCCAGAAUCUUGAGCUGCAGUAGAAGCAGAUAGAAGAUUCUGAUUUGUUCCCAUGGAGGUGUGGCUAAAUUGCCUGAACAUUCUAGAAUGUUAAGCUUGAAAGUUCCUGAAUCUGUUGCAUUGAGUUGAGUCACCUGCUCUGUCCACUCGUUAAAUGAUACUGACUUUUAUUACACUGUAACACAGGACGGUACCACUGAAAGCCAUUAUGUCCUUUCCAUCCACUCUAGUUUUGUAGUUUUACCUACUCAAGUAUUUUUUUACAUAUCAGGGCCAAGAAAAUUCUUUAGUGCCAAAUGUGAGAAUGAUUCUUUAAACUGUGAGCUUUGUAUGUUCACCAUGAAUGGUCCAUCUGAUGUUUUCAAAUAGACACUGACAUUGUGAGGGAAACCGUAAAUGGAAAGACUUGAGGAAAGUAUUACUGCUUCCGAAUUUUCAGUCACAUUUUGAUUUUUAUGCCAUAGUUCUAAUGUUAUGUUAUUGUUUUUUGUUUUGUUUUUUUUAAAUAGAAGGACUUCUUGGGAUCAGCUGACUACAUUUUCAGAUAUCAGGAGAUAUUAGGUCUGUGUACAAAGAUCUCAAUCAAAGGUUUUCUGUUCCUGUGUAAAUGCAGCCAGGAGAGCUUUUCCAGAAAUUUGCCUUGAAAUGGUUUUACUUAUUGUAAUGUGUGUGUUUUUGAUUGAGAUUAAAUAAAAUUGACUGACAGAA